AUGCCCAAUGUUGUACUUUCUUCAAGAUUAACGAAUAAUGAUUCAGUGUUCUUGCAGGAAUGGAUUAAACCUUCGGUAAGGCCUUAUUAUUUAAAGAAUGAAAAGACGAAAUUCUGGCCAGAACAACGUGAACUGGUAACGGACUUACUAGAACAUGAUAUCAUAGAGUCAGCUUUCCAAACGGCUUUGAAUCCCGCACCUCAGAGGUUCGUCAGAAUUGUUAAAUUCCAUAGAGUAAACGAUUACACCGUUUAUGCAACGAUUAGAGACUCUACAGCAUUAAUUCUAUGCUACUUCACUGUAGACUGCGUGCUAGAUUACGAAACUAUAAACAAUGAUAGGAUCACAUUGAAUACACUGAAUACGUUGUUCGUCAUCGGCAAUGUAACCCUACAGUUUUGGAACCACAGAGAGUGCAAAUUAUGGUUCAAUCAGGAUUUUCCUGGACUUCGAAUGGUCCCCGUGCUCAAGAUUGAAAAGGCCCGGAUGUUUGACAGAGACCAGAUCUCGUCCAAUGUCCAAUUUGAAUGGGUAUAUGACACACUUCAUGGUUGA